GAAGACAGCGACUGCGAUCCACAUCAACCGAAUUUCACGAUGGUCUGCUCGAUAGACAGAGCACACGAUCAAGAUGUUAACUGUAUUCAGUGGAAUCCCACAAUUCCUGGACAACUUGCAUCCGCGAGUGACGAUAGUUUAGUGAAGAUAUGGUUUUAUAAUGAAUAAAAUGAAUAUCUAUAAAGAUUGGACAUAUAAAUGUUGAAGCGUUUACACAACGUGGGAUUAUCUUGCGAGAAUUUUUAUUGUCGAUAUAAACAUAUUAAACAGUAUAAAACGAUACGCACAAUGAGCCAGAUUGCAGGAAAUAAAGUUGGCAUACCUUUGAAUGAUGUUAUGAAAGCAAUGAAUAAUUUUGCGGACACGUCGCUUGCAGCUUCCUGGGAUAAUGUUGGAUUACUGGUUGAACCUACAGAACCGAAAAUUGUGUCAAAUAUUUUAUUGACUAAUGAUUUAACCGAAGAUGUUAUGGAUGAAGCCAUAAAAUUAAAGACCGAUUUAAUCGUCACGUAUCAUCCGUUAAUAUUUGCUCCAUUAAAAUCUAUUACAACGAAAUAUUGGAAGCAACGAAUAAUAGCGAGGUGUCUAGAAAACAAAAUUGCUGUCUUCUCUCCGCACAGUAGUUUUGAUUCAGUGAAAGGCGGUGUAAACGAUUGGCUAGCAGAAGCAUUUGAACUCGAGGAUAGUAAGCCGAUUGAACCAAAUGAGAGUAACGCGACUUACGGAUUCGGAAGAUUGUGCACUUUGAAAAAUCGAAUAUCUGUCGACGAAGCAGUAAAUUUAAUAAAGCAGCGAACUAAUCUGAAACACGUAAGAUUAGCACGUGCACGCGGUACAGAUGGUUACAUUAAAACCGUUGCAUUAUGUGCCGGAGCGGGUGUGUCGAUAUUGAAAGGAAUAUCUGCAGAUUUGUAUCUCACGGGAGAAAUGUUGCAUCACGAUGUAUUAGAUGCUGUACAUCAGGGGAGUCAUGUCGUACUAACAAAUCAUUCCGAUUCAGAACGCGGUUUUUUGAAAAUAUUUGCUUCGAUAUUAAAGCGCAGUUUGGAUAAAGUUGAAGUGUGUGUCUCUGAAAGUGAUAAGGAUCCAUUGCAAACCGUGUAAGUUGUUAUAAAAGAAUAUUUACUGUCUCUCUGAUAUCAAUUGCAUUUAACAGCGAUUGAAUAUUUUAUUGUAGUAGAGGGAAAUUUUGCAAUGUUGGAAAUAAAAGUCUUUUCUUAUUAUCAACAUUUUAUCUUAAUGGAACUUUAAUUUUGAGAUUUUUGUGAUAUUGUGAUUUGGUAUUGAUCAUUAAAAGAUUAUAUACAAA